GGACUCAGGCGGAUGCUCAGUUGAAGGUAGCAGCUAGCGUGAUGAUGCUAAGCUAGCUGUCAGCCAGGCUUCCACGGGUCCCGCUGCCGACUUUAGCCGCCGGAUGCUCCGCUGGCCGUCUUCACUUUCCCUCCUCAACGCUCCCGGACGAAUUCGUGUCGACUGACCAGAGUCCGCGAAUUCAGGUCCAGCCCUUCGAACCUUCUCCCCCCCCCCCCCGGACACUCACACACACACACACCCCGCUAGCAUCGCUUAGCUCGCCGGGCUAACGACACCGACACCCGGGGUCCGAGGAGACUUGGAGGGCCACACCCAGACAAGAUGUCCCUGCACCAGUUCCUGCUGGAGCCCAUCACCUGCCACGCGUGGAACCACGACAGGACACAACUCGCCAUCAGUCCCAAUAACCACGAAGUUCACAUCUACAAGAAGAGCGGCAACCAGUGGGUGAAGACCCACGAGCUGAAGGAGCACAAUGGACACAUAACAGGUAUCGACUGGGCUCCCAAAAGCGACCGUAUCGUGACGUGUGGCGCCGACCGCAACGCCUACGUGUGGUCCCAGAAGGAGGGCGUGUGGAAGCCCACCCUGGUCAUCCUCAGGAUCAACCGGGCCGCCACCUUCGUCAAGUGGUCUCCACUGGAGAACAAGUUUGCAGUCGGCAGUGGAGCUCGACUCAUCUCUGUCUGCUACUUUGAGUCUGAGAACGACUGGUGGGUGAGCAAGCACAUCAAGAAGCCGGUCCGCUCCACCGUCCUCAGUCUGGACUGGCAUCCCAACAACGUGCUGCUGGCGGCCGGGUCAUGUGACUUCAAAUGCAGGGUGUUCUCAGCCUACAUUAAGGAGGUGGAGGAGAAACCAGGCCCCACACCCUGGGGCAGCAAGAUGCCAUUUGGGGCUGUGUUAGCAGAAUUUGGAGGAGCGGGUGGAGGAGGUUGGGUGCACUCUGUCUCUUUCUCUGCAUCUGGUAACCGCCUGGCCUGGGUCAGCCAUGACAGCACUGUCACUGUGGUGGACAGCUCCAAGACUGCCAGUCCUUCACAGAUGAAGACGGAGUUCCUUCCUCUCCUCAGUGUCCUUUUUAUCUCAGAGAACAGUCUAGUAGCAGCGGGCCACGACUGCUGCCCCAUGCUGUUCCGCUGCGACGACGGUGGAACUCUGACGUUCGUGUCGAAGCUGGAUCUCCCGAAGCAGAGCAUCCAGAGGAACAUCUCUGCCAUGGAGCGCUUCAGGAACAUGGACAAGAGAGCCACCACCGAGGACCGCAACACCGCCCUGGACACGCUGCACCAGAACAGCAUCACCCAAGUGUCUAUCUAUGAAGGAGACAAAAGGGAUUGUCGCAAGUUCUGCACCACAGGCAUCGAUGGAGCGAUGACUAUUUGGGAUUUCAAGAGUCUAGAAGCUUCUAUCCAGGGUCUCCGCAUCAUGUGAAGAAAUCUUGUGAAUGAAUGAAGAAACGCCGCAGCCUCACGUGUCGCCCCCCCCCUUUCCUCGCCC